GUGCUACGUCGUGUUCUUUCGGUAAUUUCCGUUUUGAUUCGGUAAUUUCCGCUUGCACUCCUUCCUGUGUUGUUGAUCCCCGUCCUCAGUAAAGGCACUCGGAGGCCAUUAUCCUGCAACCAUUUUCUUUUCUUUCAUACCCGAGGAAAAAAAUCGUUUAAAUAAAUCCAUUAUUUAUUCAUGCGAGCUGACUAGGUGCUUGUUGGACACAUGCACGUUUCCAAAUCGUGAGGGACGCGCACCUCGCCUCGACAAUCCUUCGGAUAAUUUCGGCUGCUUUCGUGCGCCGCUGUUUUGAAAUGGACGCGACUGAACCGGCGGCGAAAGCACUCGAGCUGGGCGACGCGUCUGAGAGCGCGUCUGCGGGAGAGGCGGUGGGUUCGGAUACCGAAUCGGAGGCCGAAGUCGCCACGAUGACUGUGAUGGGAGAAGCGGGAAACAUCGACAUCGCCGAAUCCCUGCCGAACCCGGACGAUGCCGAAACGGCGUUUGCCGAGGUGACAGCCGUCACUGUUGGGGACGUCCAGAGUUCAGAUGACACUGUGUUCACAUCCACAGUAGCCACAGCAGCGUCCAUCCCUGAACACGUGCUUACAGGUAGAACCACGCUUCAGAUCGGAGACAGUCUGAGUACCCAGAAGGCCACGCUGAUCGUGGUGCACACGGAUGGAAGCAUCGUGGACGCCACUGGGCUGAAAGGCAAUGCAACACCUAUGACACCUGGUCCUCAAACCCCGAGCACCCCUCUGACGUCUGGACAUGAUAAGGACGUCUCUAAGUACAACUGGGAUCCGUCGGUUUAUGACAACGAGCUCCCCGUGCGCUGCAGGAACACCAGUGGGAUUCUGUACAAAAACAGACUGGGCUCAGGAGGCAAGGGGCGUUGUAUCAAACACAACAAUAACUGGUACACCCCGACUGAGUUUGAGGGUAUGUCAGGGAGAGCGAGCAGCAAAGACUGGAAGAGAAGCAUCCGCUACGCUGGCCGACCUCUACAGUGUCUCAUUCAGGAGCGCAUCCUGAACCCUCAUGCAGCGUCCUGUACGUGUGCGGCCUGCUGCGAUGAUCUGUCUACAGUGAGUGAAAUGUGUACGAAGGACGGAUCGUUCGGAGGAGAGAACAUCACCAUGACGGGCCCCGUCAGACUGUUCGUCCCUUAUAAAAGAAGGAAGAAGGACAGCGAGCGGGCAGCUUCUCCAGAGAAGAAGGAAGUUCAGUCUCCAAAGAACAUUACCCUGGCUCCUGGAGCAACAUUUACAGUGACUCCAUCCGGACAGAUCACCACAGCAGGCACGUUGACCUUUGACCGAACGGCGACAGGAGAAACUGCAGCUAUCAUCUCAGACAGCCCUGCGCCCGCUGACGUCUUCACCAACACAACCGUGUUGACCACACUUCCUGCGCUGGCCAUGGUCCCUCAGCAGGCCGUGGUACAGUCUAAACCCUCUCCGGCGGGGCCGCUCAUGAACGGGCUGGAGACGGCCGAGCAGCGGACGUGGCUUUACCUGGAAGAGAUGGCCAAUACGCUGCUCAGCAACGUCCAGCAACUCAAGGUCCUCAUCGCACAAGCCAAACAAGCCAGUCAGAGCGGAACGCAUGCAACCAUCAUCCCAGAGAAAAACAGCAACAUCAGAAAAGAGUCCUUUCAGAGUCAGUUGUCACUCAGUGAAGAAGCUGAGGGGAAAAUCACUGAAAUUAUUAUUAAGCACACGUGUGUGAAUUGCGGUCGAGAGGCGUCCAGUGAGUGUACAGGCUGCCAUAAAGUCCAUUACUGCUCUGGCUUCUGUCAGCGGAAGGACUGGAAGGAGCAUCAGCUGAGCUGCUGUCAGCCGGGCACAGCCGUCAGCAUUCAGGAGGACACUCAGAUGGAAGUGGAGAAAGGGAAGGCCUAGCGUUUUAACCACAGGACCGCCACGUAUGAAGUUUAGAUAGGUGAUCGCUUCCGUUCAUGUGUUUUAGUUUAGCUAAAAAGCCUCGUAGUAGCAGCUCCCUUACACACUGUGAAAUAUAAAGCAUACGCGGAUGACGUCUGUACUUUCUGUACCAUUUGAAGGGUUUCACCAUCUAUAGAUUUUAUAUGUGAAAAUAAUCCUUGAAGGGAUAGUUCACCAAAAAUCAUUUACUCAUCCUUAUGUUUUGAGCUCAUAAUUUCCAUAAAGUAAAGACAUAAAAUGACCCGUUUUUAAGCUCUCAUUGAGAUCUUGUGUGGUGUAAUAUAACAUAAAUGAUGUCUCCUACUAAAAUAUGUAGUAGAAAACCCAUUAAAGAUUUACAUUAUCUAAAAAUUCACAGUUUUAUACAUAUUUUGGGAUGAUGUCGAAUGGUUGCACUCUGUGAGCUAUUGGCGCUACCUGUUGCCAUUUUUACUGCAACACAACUCGGAAAACACAAUAUAAAACACUGAUACAAUGCAAUGUGUGGUUUUGAUUGUAAUUUUCAGUCGAAGGUCAACAAGAGAAGCAAUGCAACUGCUUUUCCUAGCUAUAAGAAGGGGAGAAAAGAAUGGGAAGAUGCCUGUGGACGAAUAAAACUUCCUAAAGACCCACGUGUUUGUUUUCUCCACAUUAUCCCUGAUGCCUUUGAGGCUUUUAGUAGAUUAUAGCUACUGAAAUCGUACAAAUGGCAGAGACAAGAAACGCUAGAUGCCAUCUUUGCAGGAUGUAAACAUGUCAACGCUUGUCAUGACGCUGCAGCCACUGAAGAGUUUCUCAGUGCAGAUUUCACUCAAUAUCCAGGGGUGUUUAGACUCCUUGUGGGAAUAAAUUGAUAGUACAGCAUUUGGUUUAAGCUUAUGCUUAUAUCCAUCGCCACCUGUAAGCUCUUUCAGUAGCUAUGGUCAUCGUAUCAGUAUUUUAUUUUUGUGUUGUGAGUUGUGUUGUGGUAAAAAUAGCAAUGUAGUAGCUCACUAAGUGCAACCAUUUGACGUCAUCGAAAUAAUGGUGCCCCCCAUAGUCCAAAAUAUGUAUAGAACUGUGGAUAACGUAACAUAAUAACAUAUUUCAGUAAGAGAAUUGUGAAAUAUAACCUCGCAAUUGUAAAAAAAAAUUUAAUUGUGAGAUUUAGUAUUACCUAUUUAUUUCCAUGGUUUCUUGCAGUUCUGAGUUUUUUUGAAACAGAGUAAAAAAAAAAAAAAAAAAAAAAAAAAAAACAG